GAGGAGCCUGAUGAAUUCGCCUUUAGCGCGGCCACCUUGGCAGUUCUUGCUGCCUCCAUGGAUGCUGUCCAGCGCUCAAAGGCGCUUGCCCUGUACAGAGAGGCUUGCGAGAGGGGAGCCGCAUGCCACCUGCACAGCUUCGAGGCUGGGGUAAUCGACCUGCAUGGCCUGCUUGCGGAGCAAGCGAAACUCGCUGCCAGCUCCCGAGUGCAAGACAGGUCGUUGGUGUGGGGCACCAUAGCGCCGGUGGCCAGCCAGUCGUUGGACCUGCUGUGCUCAAGUUCUUGA